AGGCCUUACCAAAUGGUGACAUGGUCGCCAAGUUCCUCAAUACCACUUACGAGCAACAAAAUGAAACGCAAAUACUUAUUCUAGAUGAUCUGAAUGAGUUUACAAACUACAGCAUUACAGUGUUAGCGUUUACUGUUUUUGGAAAUGGACCAGCAAGUGUUGCCCAGGUUGCGGAGACACUGGAAGACAGACCAAGUCGUGGACCAGAGAAUGUUUCUUCUAGUCAAGUAAACGAUACGACAAAAAAAAUCACUUGGGUUACACUACCUAAAGAAGUGGCAAACGGCUUAAUUGAACUUUACGAAGUCCGUUUUGAGUUGAAGGAGAGCUGUUUAAAGGUUGACUCUACGUUUCAUACAAUGAAUACAACCAAAUCAAGGGUGUUACUGACUGUCUUUUGGAUGUGUGCAAAGUAUGAAGUGUCCGUUAGAGGUUACACUGUGGCAGGGCCUGGACCCUAUAGCAAAGCUGUAGUUGUUCAAACAAAAAGUUUGAAAUUAUCCAAAAUGUGGUCAAAAGAAACACCCUCUUCACCAACCUUCUCUCAGACCUCAAGUGGAGAAGGCAUAACAGCAAAGAUAACAUUACCACGCUUUCCAGGAAAUGCAAAUUUCUUUCAAGUCAUCGUUAUCAGAUACAGCUUGGACUAUACUGGUAUGGUAAACUCGCCUGAUAGUUUUACGCCAAAGGAUUUGAUGACAUAUGAGGAAGCCCACAAAUCAUCUGCUCCUGCAGCGUAUGUCACUUUUCAGUUUAGAGCACACGACUUUGAUGCAUUCCGAGAAUUUGUUGUUGGAGAUGGAGCAAAUUCAAACAGUGAAACAAGAAAAAGGAGAAGCAUUAAUGAGGACGACUUUCAUAAUAAACCACUCCAGCCAAAUACGAAAUACAAAGUGUUCCUCAGAGCUUUCAUCGAUAAGACGGUGUACAUUUCUAGUAACUUUGUAACGAUUGAAACCAAAGAUAAGCCCAACGUCAAAGGCCUACCUGAAAGAACUAUUUUUCGAGUUGGCGAUGUGGUAGUAUUGACAUGUGAAGCUACUGGAGAUCCUAAGCCUUCUGUUUCUUGGAGUAAAGAUGGAAAUACCAAUAUACCUUGGGCUCAGUUCAGGAACGAUAAGCACAUUCUUGUUAUUCAAGAGGUCGCCCCUACUGAUGGAGGCAUUUACGAAUGCAGAGCGUCAAACGCUUUUGGGCAACGCCGUACAGCUACAGCAGUGGUCAUUGCUGUGCCGCCCAGCAUCAGGGAAGAUGUUUCCCCACCAUCAGUUACAUGCGCAAAGGACACUCCUUGUUCUUUGCUAUGCCAUGCAACUAGUGACAUUCCAUUUAACUACUCUUGGACAAGAAAUGGCCAGGCUCUAGAUGGCCGUAACAUUAAAGUCAUAAAAAACACUGUUAUUGUCACUCCUCUUGAUGAUCAAGAUUUUGGAGAUUAUGUGUGUCAUGCCACAAACUCGUUUGGAUCUACAACUUACAAAAUAACUUUGUCAGAAAGCCAAGAGGAAGGAAACAAUGUACGAAGCAUCUUUCGGGCUGGUGACAUUGCAUGGUCAUGCGUCGUUUUCAUGUUGCUAGUUUUGAUUGGUGUAUUGAUAUGGUGGCUUAGAAGAGCUCAGGCAAACAGCAGAAGAGCGACAGCUGAGAAAGCCAUUGUUUUAGAUACUGUCCAGUCUGUCGUACCACUUGAGAAGCAUGUGUCAGAGCCAGGUUCAUACAUGGAACUACGCCCCAGGCCUUCGGAUGGACAAACACGAGUACCCCCUGAAUAUCAGUCCUUACGAGGGGGCCACGCGAACGCUGGGUAUUACAACGUUGAUCCCAAAACAGAGAACAAAAAGGGACCAAAUGAAGAAAUAUAUGAGGAAAUAGAGCUUUCUGAUCGUUAAUUUCUAGUUUUUAAGUGGUGGACUGUUAGUAGUAGUAGUAGUAGUAGUAG